UUGAUAACAUGCGCAUUUUGACUAAUGUGCCAUACCUGCAUGCUCCUAGUUCGAAUCAGAACUAAACAGAAAAAAUUUAAAUCUGUCAUAUUAACAGAAGCGUAGGUUGAGUUUUUUUACAAAGAGUUUAAUCCUUGGCGUUUACCCAUGAAACGAAAAAGUUUAAAAUGUCUUCAGAUAAUAUAAAGGUUGUAGUGAGGGCGAGACCCUUAAAAAAAUGUAAUGUGCAAUUAGUGCCCUGGGUCAUUGAUGAUAAAAAAAUAUAUCAAACUGAUGAGGAUAACACACCCGUUGGAGACACUUAUUCUUAUGAUGAAGUAUUCAACGUAAACACUAAAAAUGUUGAUAUUUAUGAUACUGCCAUUUCUCCCUUGUUAAGAUCAGCUAUAGAUGGAAUAAAUUUGACUAUUUUUGCAUAUGGUGCUACCUCAUCUGGUAAAACUUUUACCAUGAACGGUAUACCAGAAGAUCCAGGCAUAAUACCAAGGUUCAUCGAAGAUUUAUUUAAUCAAGUAGAAUCAUAUUCACAUAGGAAAUUUUUGAUCAGGGUUUCUUAUGUAGAAAUAUAUAGUGAAAUCAUUAAUGAUCUGCUAGAUAAGAACAAUAAAGAUUUGAAAGUUCGUGAAGAUAUAAAUAACUGUGUAAGCUAUAAUCCUACAGAAAAAAUAGUAAAAACUAGUGCUGAAUGCAUGAAUGCAAUGAAAUUAGGGACGGUUAAUAGGACAGUAGGUGAAACAAAUAUGAAUUUGUUCAGCAGUAGGUCUCAUUCAAUUUUCAGAAUUGUUAUAGAAUCUGCACCUACAACAAGUGAUGAAAACGAUCCUGUUCAAGUAUCUCAUGUUAAUUUAAUAGAUUUGGCAGGGUCAGAGAGAGUGUCUCAAACAGGUGCUACUGGUCAACGGUUUAAGGAAGGGGCGCACAUCAACAAAUCACUUACUGCGUUGGGUUUAGUCAUCAAGCAGUUGGUUGAAAAAAAAGACUAUGUCAAUUAUAGAGAUUCUAAAUUGACUCGAAUUUUAUCUAAUUCUUUAGGGGGCAAUGCUGAAACACUUAUUAUUUGCAACAUAAAUUUGGAAUCACUUGAAGAUACUGCUUCCACUCUGAUGUUCGCCCAACGAGCUAAAGCUGUCAAAAAUAAACCGAAAGUUAAUGAGAUAAUGAAUGAAGCAGCGCUUACGAAAAAGUAUGCGAAAGAAUGUUCUGAAAUAAAAAAGCUUCUUGAUGUUGAAUUUGAGAAGAACAAACAGUUAGAAGAUGAACGAGAUAUGAGUAAUAAGAAGAUCAAAGAAUUAGCCUCACGUAUCAAAAGUUUACAAGAAAUAUUUGUAAGGAAAGAAACACUGCCUAGGUAUCCUAAGAGACGUCAUACAUUUUGUUCUCUUGGUGCUAUCUCAGAGGAGAGAGAGUUGGAAACCGCCUCAAAAAAUUGUCUUUCAAUAGUCUUAACAGAAAAUUCAGAUCUCCCUGUAUCUUCUAGCUCUGAAAAUUCUGAUUGUCUUCCAAGAAGAAACAACUGUUCAAAUACUAUACAAGGUCAAAAUCGGAUUGAAGUAACUCCUCCCAAAAAUUUAAGAGCUCGACUUGAAAUUCUUUCUCGGGAAUAUGAGGAACUUAUUGAAUACACAAGAACUGAAAGGUCAGAAAAUCAAAUAAGAUAUGAACAUCUUGUUAAUGAAUGUCAAGAUUUGAAAAUGCUUAUAGAGGUGAAAGAUAAACAAUUGGAGUCGGAACAAAAAAACGCUGAGCAAAUUAGAAUCGAUUAUGAAUUUAUGUUGGAAACACAGACAAAAAAAUUUAAAAGACGAGAAAUGGAACUUUUGGAACAAAUUAAAGGAUCAUCAACAAAACUGAAAGUUGAUGCACCAACUCCAAUUGAGAACCUUCCACUUCCAAACACUAUUACUAUCAACACAUUCGAAUACCAAGAAAUGUCCGAGCAAUUAGCAGAGUUAAAGAAAAAAAAUGAGGAUUUAGAAAGAACCACUCAAUCUAUCAAGUUGGAUAAUGAGGAGUUGAACAAAUUAAUUGCAGAUCUCAGAAACAGUGUUAACACCCUAGAAUUGCAGAAGUCUCAACUGAAAAUAAAAACUAACUCUCUUCAGAGUAAAGUUGUAGAUAUGGAAUUGAAAAUCAACAAUAGUGAACAUCAUGCAAACUCUGCGAAAGAUGAUGUUGACUCAUUGGUGAAAAAAAUAAGCGAAUUAGAAGGACAAAUUAAUGACAAAAAAACAGAAUUGGGAAAACUUAGAGAAGAGCUUUAUGAAUCUCAAGAUAAACUAAUAGAAGUUACUGAAGAUCUCGAUUUAGAAGAAAAGAAAAAAGAAUGUUUAGAGAAGCAAUUAUGUGAAGAGAAAAGGCUGCGAGAAGAGGUUGAAAUUAAAUUGGUUCAAUUGAGACAAGAAGUUGAAUCAAAAAUACUCAUUGAAAAAGAGUUACAAGAAGCUAAUUCCAAGAUGGCUCAAGAAUUAAUACAGACUAAUAUAGAGUUAGGCAAAGAAACAAAAUUACGAGAAAUAUCUGAUUCUAGAUUUGCUGAAGAACAGAAAUUAAGAGUUGAGGUUGAAUCAAACUUGGACGGACAAUUUAAAUUAGAGAUGACUGAAGGAAUGGAAUUAGAACAAGAAUCUGAUUCAAAAUCGCUUCACGAAAUGAAAUUGGGACAAAAAAUUAAAGAAAAUUUGGUCAGAGAAAUGGAGUUACGACAGAAAGCUCAAAUGGACUUGGCUAGAGAAAAAGAAAUGUUACUAGAAACCAAGCAAAAGUUGGCCGAAGAAGUAGAAAUGCGACAAGAGGUUAUGAAAAAUUUAUGUACUCUGAAGAGUAUCUUAGAACAGAAAUCUCAACACAACGACCUUUCAUGUGAGUUACAGCUAGAGAACUUAAAAUUUAAGGAAAGUUACCUAGAUAUGUCAGAUGCAGAAAAGUCAAUGAAUUCUACAGCAGAAUCAUUAUAUGAAUCAAUACAUGAAAUAGAUUCAGAGAACUUAGAGAAUUUUUCUUCUUCCUACUUUCAGGAUAAUAGUAAAGGUAGCAAUUUUAUGAGCUUCUUCAAUUCUUUCAUUAGUAAUGACAACGAAGCAUCGAAAUUGAUAGAUAACACCGAAACAAUAAGUGAAGUAACAGAAGUAAAAUAUGAAAAAAGUAUGAAUGAAAUUGAGAAAUUGCAAAAAGAUCUGAACGCUUUGAAGUUGCAAAGAGAAUCUGAUAUUAUAACAAUUAAAAAAUUACAAGCACAGUUGGAAGAAUAUAGCUAUAUGAAUCUCAGCGAUUCACAAAAAAUCGAUAAAACACACAAAAUUUUAGGGACACUGAAAUUAUUAGAAGCCGAAAAAGUUGAGAAUCUAUCACUAAUACAGAAUUUGAAAGAACAAUGGCAGAAUGCUAUGAUGAAUUAUCAGGAGAUGGAAAAUAAUUUCAAAAUGACAAGUGCUGAACUGAAAGGAAAAGAAGAAAAAAUUCAAAUGCUCCAGACUAAUAUAGACAAGCUCAAUGAAGAAAUUCAUUCUCAAACAAAUAACUCCUCUAUGAAUAAUUUACAUUCAGAGAACGAAAUUCUGAGAAUGCAAAUCGAAACUCAAAGAAAUGAACUUGACAAAUAUCUUGAUAGUUUGAAAGAUAAAGAAUUAGAAUUACAGAAUCUCAUGCAAGAAAAUUGUAUAUUUAGAGAACAAUUAGAAACAGAAAGAAUAAAAAUAAAACAGGAGAGAGAAGAAAACAGUAACAAUUCUUUAAAAAUGGAUUUAUUGGUGGAACAAGUUGAAAAAAUGAAUAUUUUAAUACAGGAAAAAGAUUCCCUCAUCAAUUCAUUGAAUGAAGAAAAAAUAAAUAUCGAUUGUUCCAAAACAGAAAAUAAUUUACAACAAUUAAAUAAUUCAUCAUUAUUUGCUCCACAGCAUGAUGAAAAGAAGAAUUCAUUGAUCGAAUUUGAUGAAACUAAAAUAACUGAAGGACAACCAAUAGAAACUGGAACAAUAUUGAAUUUAUGCGAAGAAAAAGUUGUUGAUCACUUAAAAAAUGAAAUAGAAAACUUAAAAAAGGAAAUGGAAAAUUUAUCAAAUUCGGUUCAAAAUAAAGCAGAAAUGAUUGCUCUUCUUGAAUCCGAGAAAAGCCGUUUAGAGAAAGAAAAAAAUUAUUUGUCUGAUAACAUUAAUGAUUUGAUCAUUCAAAUUCAAUCACAAACAAAUCGUCUUGAAGAACAAAGUGAAAUAGAAAGUAGAAUGGAAAAAAUGAAUGAAAAAAAUAUUGCGCUGAUUAGACUACAAGAAGAAACUGAUUCAAAGUUAAAAGAAGAAAGGGACAAAAAUGUGAAUUUCUCAAAUGAUAUUGAAAAACUCAGAAUGGAAUGCGAAAAAAUACAUUCAUUAUUAGAGGAAAAAGAAGUUAUUAUCUCAAAGAUUAAUAUAGAUAAAACAAAUUUGCAAGAAGAAAGAAAUAUCUUAUCUAACAAAAUAAGUGAUUUGUUGAAGCAAAUCGAACAAAAAGAAGAAAAUGAAAAAAAAACAAAUCAGAAAAUGAAAAAUCUUGAUGAAUUACUCAAAAAUAUUAGUGAAUUGCUGAACAAAGUUGAUAGCAUGAAAUCAACCAUUCACGAUAAGGAUGAGAUAAUUGAAAGCUUCAACUUGGAAAAAACUGAUUUAAAAAGGGAAAAAAAAGAACUGUCUGAUAAAAUUAUUAUUUUAAUGCAUGAGAUUCAAACCCAAACAGAUGGUCUCGAAAAAAUAAAUGAAAUUAUAAAAAGUAAAGAGAUACAUAUCCAAAAAAUUUCAGAGGAAAAUGAAUUGUUGAAAAAAGAAAAAACAUUGACUGAUUCAAAAUUAAGGGAACAAAAUGAAAAGAUAACUGACCUUUUGAAUAAAAUUGAAAAACUUGAGAUAGAAUCAAAUAAGUUACUUUCUAAACUUGAGGAGAAAGAAUUAAUUAUUUCAACAACAAUCCAAUAUGAGAAACUGAAUCUAGAAAAGGAAAAUUAUGACUUAAAUAAUAAAAUGAAAGAUUUAAUGAGUCAGGUUCAAACACAAACAAGGAGUCUCGAAGAACAAAAUUACAUUAUUGAAGGCAAAGACAUGUAUAUUCAAAAAUUUGCCCAAGAAAAUGAAAUUAUUAGAAAAGAGGUGGAAUCUAGAGAUGCAACAUUGAAAGAACAAAAAAAAUAUAUUGCAGAUCUUUCAAAUGAUAUUAACAAACAUCGUAUUCAAUUUGAAGAAUUACUGUUAGUGUGUAAGGAAAAAGAAUCUAUCAUUUCAAAAAUGAAUACUGAAAAAACUAAUUUGCUAGAAGAGAUCAAUAAAUUAUCGAUUCAAAUAAGUGAUUUGUUAGUACAAAUCAAACAACAUAAAGAGAAUGAAUUAAACUUGAAGCAAGACAGCGAAAAAGUAGCUGAUUUAUUGAAAAAAAUAAAAGAAUUACAUACUGAGGUUGAAAAUAUGACAAUUAUUAUUUGUGACAAGGACAAAAUUAUUACAAGCUUGAACUUUGAUUUAGAAGAUAAAAAAAGAAAUUCAUCCAACAAAAUUAAUGAUUUAAAAAUUCAGGUUCAAAAACAGACAGAUCUUCUUGUGGAACAAAAUGACAUCAUAAAAAGCAAGGAGGAUAAUAUCCAAAAAUUUGCAAAAAAAAAUGAAUUGCUGAACAAAGAACUUGAAUUUAUUCAAUCAACAUUGAAUGACUAUAAAGAGAAGAAUACUGUUCUUUCUAAUGAUAUUCUAAAACUCAACGUUGAAUCGAAAAAUUUACUCUCUGAAAUACAAGAAAAAGAUGUUAUUAUUUCAGAGAUAAAUACUUUGAAAAGUAAAUUAGAGGAAGAGAGAAAUAUUUUAUCUGCUAAAGUAAGUAAUUUCCAAGCUGAACAACUAAAUAAAGUUGAAACUAGGUAUGAUGAAGAAUUAGAAACUUUGAGGAAAAAUAACAGCGACUUGUUAGAUAAUAUUUUUUCUCUUACAAGUAUUAACACUGACCUUGAAAAUAAAGUGCGAGAUUUAAGAGGAGAAUUUUCAGAAAAAUUAGGGAAUCAUAUUAAGAAGCUGAAAGUAUUAUUUGGCAUAGAGGAAAAAAACUGGAAAUUUUGGGAGCAAAAGCUAGAAACAAAAUGGGAAGAUCUAAAAAAAAUAGAGAAUCUUGUAUCCACUCUUAUAAAAGAAAAAACUAUGCUUGUUGAUUCAAUGGCUAAAUUACAAAAUACAGAAAGAAUAAAUGAAAAACUUAGAUCUGAGAUUGAAUUUCAGCAGGAGCAAACCCAAUUUCUACAAAUAACACUAGAAAAAACUAAAAAAGAAUGUGAAAAUAAAAUAUCAGAUUAUGAGAAAAAGUUUGAAAUAGCUAAUAGUAAAUUGAAAGCCACAUACCUGGAACAUAAUCAAGAUAAAAAAAGAAUAGAGAAUUUGGAAUAUGAACUACGAACUAUGUCUAAGAAACUUAAACCAGUAGGAAAUUCAAAUCACAACAGUGAAAGGGAAGUUUCCGAUUAUAAAAACCCAGAUGAUAAAUGGAAACAGCAAAGGACCAGAGAACAUGAUAGUAGACGAAGUAUUGAUUUGAACACUUUAUGCUCCGAAUCAACUGUGGAUAUAUGCAAAAACUGUGAGAAAAUGAAUAAUUUGACUCAAAAAUUAAAAUUAGAAAUUUCACCAUUAAAAUCAGAAAUUUCGCAAUUGAGGGAUGGCAUGGAAACACUCAAUAAUAAGUAUGAAAAAAUGAAGAGACUAUGCCGCUUACGCAAUGAUGAAAAUAAAGAAUUGAUUAGGAAAUUAAAAGAAAAGAAAGAAGAUGACUAAUUGAUAAUUUUAAUGUUUGUGCCACGUUUUUUCUGUGAUAUUACAAUUAUGUAUUUUUAAUAUUUUAAUUAAUAGAUAUUUUUGUUUACAAUACA